GUAACAGAAUUCAGCAACUCUACUUCAACACUCGGAAGUGUUACAGGCUUACAGCAGGCUAUCUAUGGAGGAAAUAGUUCCCCUCGGAGUGAGGAAAGGUGCAUGGACCGAGGAAGAAGACAAACUUCUCAAGCAGUUCAUUGAAAAGCAUGGAGAAGGAAAAUGGCACCAAGUCCCUCAAAAAGCUGGAUUAAACAGAUGCAGGAAAAGUUGCAGACUGAGAUGGCUCAACUAUCUGAGGCCAAACAUAAAGAGAGGGAGCUUUACUGAAGAUGAAGUUGAUCUUUUUGUCAGGCUUCACAAACUGCUAGGCAACAGAUGGUCACUAAUUGCGGGUAGGCUUCCGGGUAGAACACCAAAUGAUGUGAAGAACUACUGGAACACCCACCUGCGGAAGAACAAAGACAUAGUACUGAAAGCUCAAAGCGCCGACAAGGAGACGACUAAAACCAAAACCAUAAGACCUCAGCCUCGGACCUUCCCGAAAAAUCUCCCGUGGAUGAGGAGCAAAACCCCCGUUAUUAUGGAAGAUAUCCGAACAAGAGAAAACGAUCCCCUCACCGCCGGGCCAUCUCCAACGCCAGAAAUUAACAGUAGUCUUGUUGAAUCCCAAGUUAAAGAUGAUGAUAUUGUCACAUUCUUGGAAGAUAUUGGGCCAUUUGAAGAGGCUUUUAUGGGGCAGUGGAGUGAUGGUCUGUGUGUGAGACCUGGUUUAGAGGCGAUCGGCGAACGUUCGGCUCAUGAGCAACUGAUGAGUUAUGAUUGGAGCGACAUUCUUAUGGAUAUCGCCGACGUCGACCUUUGUGAUCUUUUGGGAGAUGAAGAGCAGCCAGCAAUCUAGCUAAUGUUUCGUUAAUUACUGUUUAUUUGUUUUCUUUGUAAUAUUAAUUAUUGUUUGGCACUAAAUCUUCAGCCUUAGUUCGUAUUCCUUGGAAAUUUGGAAUGCGUUCGAUGUCCAAUCUGCACGUGGCGUCGAAAAAAGAAUUCCCAAAUUUGACGUUUA